AUGAUAAAAUCAGUUCUCUUACGUUCAAUUUCCUCCCCUUUAUUCAUAGAAACCCAAGAGUUUAACCGUUCAAGCAAGAGAUCAGUUGUUUCUUCUACCAUUACUUGUUCUUCUUCUUCAAGAGCUAAUAAUGCUUAUAAUAUUCCUAAACUGGAACCCUUUAGCCGAACCAAGAUUGAGCGAGCUGUUAAGGAACCAUCCUUGAUUGAAAAAUCCGAGAAUGAACUUGCUGAUUAUUGUUCAACCCUUGAAGGGGAUGAUUCUUAUAGCUGCUGGAGAGCUUAUUUUGAGCUGAAAGAUCUUGAAAAACAGUUGCCGAAAGAGGAUGUAGAGAGGCUGAUCAUCCAAUCUGGGGGUGUUAAGUCAUUAAUUGGGUGCUUACAUGGAAUUUCAUCAAUGCACAAAGGGAAAAUGAACGCUUUUGGUAUCGCGGCACCACCAAACGUGGUGAAAAAAGGAGAGAGACUGUGUCCCAUACCAGACGGUUUGCCAAAAUCGCUGGAGGAGCUUGAAGAGGAAGAGAGAGCUAGAAUGCCAGAUUCGCCAUUUACUAGAAUGCUUAGAACUAAAGGAAGGUUCCCUGCUUGGUACUCUCCUGCUCCGGACCACGAAACAGAUUGA